AUAAAUCUCUUAUUUGUACAGUACAUUACACUCCACAUAAUCCAAUUAACAUUUUGUGCAAAUGCGAUCCUAACGAAUUGCUUAUAAAACUCGACAAUUUUUGGUAUUUCAGUGAGUAUGUUUAGCUAUUCAUUUCGCAUGCUGCAACCAUGUUGUUAAUUAAACCCAUUAACAAGUAUCAGAGGAUAUUUCAAAGAUAAUGCAUGCAAUAAACUCAGAGAUGUUGAAUCAGAUUAUAUAUAUCUAUCUUAUAAGCAGCCUUAGUGCAGUUUGUUACUGCCUAGAAAAUGGCUUGGCAAGGACUCCUCCCAUGGGCUGGUUGUCCUGGGAGCGUUUUCGCUGCAACACCGACUGCACAAAUGAUCCCUACAAUUGUAUAAGUGAAAGGCUCUUUCAAGUCAUGGCUGAUUUGCUGGUUUCCGAAGGAUACGCUUCGGCUGGCUAUGAAUAUGUUAAUAUCGAUGAUUGUUGGCUGGAAAAGCAUCGAGGUCCUGCAGGACAGUUGCUGUCUGAUCACAAACGAUUUCCGAACGGCAUGAAGGCGCUGUCCGAUUAUAUACAUGCCCGUGGACUAAAGUUCGGAAUAUACGAGGAUUACGGUAACUAUACGUGUGCAGGUUAUCCAGGAAUUAUUGGCUACGAGGAAUCGGAUGCACAUCAGUUCGCUGCUUGGAAUGUCGACUAUGUAAAGUUGGAUGGAUGCUAUGCUCAACCCUAUGAUAUGGAUCGGGGUUAUUCGGAAUUCGGCCGGUAUCUGAAUAGCACAGGGAAACCCAUGGUUUAUUCCUGCAGCUGGCCUGUUUAUCAGAUCUAUGCGGGUAUUCAGCCCAACUUCUCAGCCAUUCAAAGUCACUGCAAUCUAUGGAGGAACUAUGAUGACAUUCAGGACUCUUGGGCGUCGGUUGAGAAUAUUAUCGACUACUAUGGCAAUAAUCAGGAUAUAAUUGCGCCUAAUGCGGGUCCUGGUCACUGGAACGAUCCUGAUAUGUUGAUAAUUGGAAAUUUUGGGCUCAGCUACGAACAGGCAAAAACCCAAUUUGCUGUGUGGGCAAUUCUCGCAGCGCCGCUUUUAAUGUCUGUCGAUCUGAGAACAAUUCGUCCUGAAUUUAAGGAUAUUUUGCUGAAUCGAAAAAUAAUUGCUGUCGAUCAAGAUCCAUUGGGAAUUCAAGGACGCAGAAUCUACAAGCACAAAGGCAUCGAAAUUUGGUCAAAGCCCAUCAGUCCAGUUUAUCAAAUAUAUUACUCCUAUGCAAUUGCAUUCAUCAAUCGGAGAACGGAUGGAACUCCUUCCGAUAUCUCUGUGACAUUGAAGGAGUUGGGAUUGAUAAACUCUUCGGGAUACAGAGUUGAGGAUCUAUACGAAAACGUUGACUAUGGAAUAUUAUAUCCGCAUACUAAAAUCAAGGUGAAGGUGAAUCCGUCUGGCGUUGUUAUGUUGAAAGCUGAAACCCAAUACCUUAAAAAUGUGUAACAUUUCUAACAAACUUAAUGUAAAUGUAUUGUUGCGUUUGAAUAAUAAACAAAUAAAAACACUUUAACGCCAGUUAACGUGAUAUUUGCCCUAUUUAAAUGACUGAUAUAAAGAGGAGACAGAUC